AUGGCAUGGGCUUCUAGGCUUGUACAGUCUCUCGCCAUACUGGCAGUGACCAUACCUCCGACUUUGUCUAACCCAUGUCCAGGCUCAAAUUGCUCAAACAACCCUGCUAGCAACUCAGUGAAAACUACCAAUGGUCAGAUUAUCGGGCACCCGGGUCCUCGGUUCCCUGAUGUGAAUGAGUUCUUGGGUGUCCCUUAUGCCUCAGCUCCAAUUGGUGACCUUCGUUUUGCUGCCCCUGUGAACUUACAUUCCAGUAAAACCGUAGUAGCAAAUCACUAUGGCCCGAAUUGCCCUACCUCGAGUGAUGCAUUCCCACCUAUCCUUGGAAUGACUCCACAAGAACCGAAGAUUAUGAGUGGGUUCCUAACAGUGAAUGGAACGCAAAGUGAGGACUGUUUAUACCUCAAUAUAUGGGCGAAAUCCGGUUCUUCAAAGUUGAAACCAGUGCUGCUAUGGAUUCAUGGUGGCCGCUUCGUAAUUACCAGUGCGGAGUCCCCAUUCUACGACGGCCAAGCCCUAGCCUCUAAACAUGACGUUAUCGUGGUAACAAUUAACUAUCGAUUGAACAUUUUCGGAUUCUCCGGCGCACCAGGACUUCCACAAAAUGUAGGUCUACUAGAUCAACGCAUGGCUGUGGAAUGGGUGCAUCGCAAUAUCCAAGCCUUUGGCGGCGAUCCAGAUCGCAUCACCAUAUUCGGAUCCUCGGCCGGUGGCACUUCCGUUGAUCUAUACUCCUACGCCUGGGCUCGUGAUCCCAUCGUCAGUGGUAUAAUUUCUCAUUCGGGUACAGCACUGAGCUAUAAACCUAACACGCCUGAACAAUCUUCGAAUGCUUUCUUUUCAGCUUCUAAGUCCCUGGGUUGCGGCGGUCAUACUGAGAAGCCAGAGCAAGUUGUUCAGUGUAUGCGUCAGAAACCAUUUGAGGAUUUAUUUAACGCUUCUCUUAAUGUUCCUCUGGUGCAAACAAUCACCAUUCCAGAACCGGUGUUUCAUCCUGUAGUGGAUGAGAUAACAGUGUUUAGUGAUUACGCAAAGAGGUCCUCAGAAGGGAAAUUUGCGCGCGUGCCCUUUUUAGUUACCUGCAAUAACAACGAAGCUGGCUUCUACCGUCUAGCCGCAUACGCGAGUAACAUAACCGUCAGUAAUCAAACCUGGAAUGAGUUUAACCUGGCAGCUUUUACAUGUCCUAGUGGAAGAGCGGCUAGAGACCGAGUCGCACAUGGUGUUCCAGCAUGGCAGGCUCGCUACUUCGGAGACUGGGAGAAUCUACGCAUUUACCCCGGUAGUGGAACUUAUCACGGCUCGGAUAUUCCGAUGAUAUUUGGAAAUGCGGAGAAAAUUACUGGGUUACCGGAUAGUGAUCCUGAGAAGAAGGUUUCUCGGUAUAUGGCUUCGGCCUGGGUGGCAUUUGCUACUGAUCCGUAUAAUGGGUUAAAGAAGUUUGGGUGGCCGCAAUAUAAUUCCCAUGAGAAAACACUGGUUGGGUUGGCCUAUGAUAAUAAGCUGGAUGUGCAGUUCUUUGAUCCACAAGAAUUUGACUCUGGAUGUGCUGAACUGGAAGGGAGGUCCUUGAUUGUUGGAAAUGGGGCCAUCUAA